GUUGGGACUGGUUUGCAUGGUGAAAGCAGAAAUGCAGCCUGGGUUUCAUGUGACAACUGUGUGGCCGGUUGAGGUUUGCGAUGUGAAACUUGGAACUAAAACAGACGGGUUGCACGUGACCGGCGGGAGAUCUCCUAAAACUGGACCAAUUUAUUAAUUAUUUUGUUACUUUUAGCGCAGAACUUUGGACCUGUGUCCUAAACGAAUGGACGGGAGUGUAUCACAACCAUCUUAGUGGCUCAUGUUUGUCCUCAUCUGACAUCCCCCUGGGACAAUAAUUUCCACAGCAUGAGGAGGAACUAUCCCCACAUCAGGCCAGCUGGACUGCAGAGUGCUCUGGAGCUGCUGCUGGUCAGGGAAUGUCCACCACAGUCAGCGGCACGCAGCCGCACCGCGCAGCGGAAUCUCCCCCAGCUGCGCAGACGCAGCAGCCCCCCGUCACAAACAUCAGGCUUUUCCGUGGGUCUUGGGCAGAUUUGGUCGACUCGGUCGUGUAAUUGCACGGUGCACCGCUCGCGGAGCUUCCACGCGCCGCCCGUCCCUCCGGCGCACCCAUUGCGGCGAGUGGUCUUGACAGAGCUAAGCUGACACCGGUGACCUGGAUAACAGCUGAGUGUCCGCAGCGGUUCAGUGUCCUGAGACGCAGCAGAGGACUGACCGUCCUGUCGUCUGCCUGCAGCCUGAGGAGCAUCAUCCUCUCCAGCCCCACUUCUUUUUAUCACUCCUAAUAAAAUGGCAGAUCCCGGCCUCACUUCGCCCUCCGGGGCUCCGUUGCGCUCCCCCGACGCUCCCCUCACCCUCUCCUUCCCUUUCCUGAGGGAGGGGAGCCGGGUGUGGGAGGAAGGGAAGGAGCCACCACUCCUGCGUGAUCUCCCCAGCCCACUGCCGACCAAACGCACCCGCACCUACUCAGCCACUGUUCGUGCACACUCAGGUCCAGUUUUUAAGGGCACUUGUAAGAACUUCUCCAGGUCGCAGGGUCACGGAUUCAUCCAGCCGUCCCAUGGUGUGGAGGACAUCUUUGUUCAUAUCUCAGACAUCGAGGGAGAAUAUGUCCCAGUUGAAGGCGACGAGGUCACAUACAAGGUGUCCCGAGUUCCGCCCAAGAACCUGAAAGUGCAGGCGGUGGAGGUGAAGAUCACACAUCUCAAGCCAGGGACCAAACACGAGACCUGGUCUGGGAAGGUCUUCAGCUCCUAGUUCCUGGGCUCUGGGCCUAUAGGGCAGUGCUCAGGGUUGGAUUCGGUCGGUGGCACAUAUGCUCUGGAACUCAGGACCUUUCUGUUCUUUAUCGUGUUUUUUUCUUUUUCUUUUUUUUUCUUCAGAUCAGAUUACCGAGUUUCGAAAGGUUGUUGCUUACACGUUUUUCCUCACAGAGCUGACAUGCUUUGUUCAAAACUGCCCACAGCAUUUCACUGAUCUACGAUUAAUAGAAAGACCUAUUUUGUGUAUAUUUUUGUUCACGAUCAAUUUGAAAAUGGGGCUAUAAAUUAAGCAGAUUAUAAAGUUGGAAGAUUGUAUGUGUUCGUUAACUCACACUGAGUGUUUACGGAUGAAAAACUGGGAAGACUUCAAGCAUGACUGUGAUGCAGAUUUGUUAAGUGAGACCUGGCUGCGGAGUUUAUAUGCAGGAAGAGGAAUUUAUGCUUGGCUAAAAGGCUGAAUUCAAUCCUACUUCUCAACUCUGCUGUUUGUGUCAUCAAAGUUUUGAGGAUCACUUAAAAAGAAUAGUGCAUGUUUUGGAAAAAGAAGAAAGAUAUCUGAAUUACAUUGUUACUAAAUAAACAAAAAGAAAGUUUACAAGUUUACAAUAUCAGGUUUAGUAAGCUGUGAGAAACCGUACAACCCAUAAAAAAUGUGAGAACUUUUCCAAUUCCAAACUUGCUGGGAGGUCACAUGAUCUCAUUUUGGUUUCAGAUCAAUUUUGAAAUCUGAAACCAAAAUCUGGGAAGGUUUUUUGUGAAAAUGAGAUGGAACUUGAAUUUUAAAGGGAAAGUCAGAGGGGGGAAUUAAGGGAUUUACUCCCUCUUGUCAUGAGGGAGGUGGUGACUCAGAGAAAUGGACCUCAUAGAAAUAGAGAAUGAAACAAAAGGAAAAAAUAUUUAGUUUGGAUAGAAAGCAAAUCCUCCUUAUAUUGAAUGGUUUCUUUUGUGAUUGUCAGUUUGUUUGUUGAUAUCUAGUAUAUGUGUGUAUGUGUCUACCAGAAAACAGGCUUUAUCCUUUUGAAUAAUUCCAGCAGAAAGUUGCACUUAACAUCCCCCAUGUUUAAGGGUUAAAUGUCCCAGUAUUUCACACAUCAGUGUUAGGUUUGACUCAAUGUGCGUGAAAAGACUGUUUUUUAAAGCAUGUAUUUUACGUGUGAUGGGUGUUCAGUGUGACAGCGAAUCUCACACUUACAUGGUCGGUGCCAACAGAGCUCAUUUUCCACAAGUGGGGCUUUUUCAGGGUAUUUUCUGUACUGUAUGCCGUUUUCCAUCAAAGUGUGUGUUCAGUAGAGUCUAUGCAUCCCCCCUGUAUCGCAUCCCUGAUCUGUUUGAAGUAAAACUUUAUCCAUCUCUGUCACAUUGAAAAAGGACUUUGACGUUUUUGGGAACAAAACCACUCCCACCAUCACCUUCAGUGAGCCUCGAAAGCACAUUAAACAUGAAACUGUCCCGGGAGUUGUGUGCUUCACCAGAAAGUGAGCACAUGAGAAUAAACUGUUUGGUUCACAGGCUAUUUUUUGACAACCGUGAAAGCCAUUUCUUUUGUACCCCCAAACGGUUAUUUAGACUGAAUAAAUUG